CCAAAUCUCGUUGGGCAGAUCGCCGGGACAAGCGACGUUUUCUGGAGAAAUGAAGAGGAAGCUUCAGAAGAAGUAUAUAAUUCUAAUUCUUGGGUAUUCUGUAGUUCUACUUCUCAUUCCAUAUGUAUUAGAUUACCGGAGUAAAUCGUCUCAGGUUAAACAUGGAUUGCAACAACAGAGAUGUCCUGAUUUGGAAAACACAAUGGCACUAUGGAAUAACGGGGACAGAUUGGGCAACUCAAACGAGACGACGGAGGACAAUGGCAACAGGAGCCAGUCGAAAUUACACAUAUAUGUGCACGCUACGUGGAGGACAGGGUCUUCCUUUUUAGGAGAAUUAUUUAACCAGCACCCCGAUGUAUUUUAUUUAUAUGAACCAAUGUGGAAUAUGUGGCAAGCUCUCUAUCCGGGAGACGCUGGUAGUCUGCAAGGAGCAGUCCGGGAUAUGAUGAACUCACUUUUCCGUUGUGAUUUCUCUGUUUUAAAACUCUACGCGGGGGCAGCCAAUAUAAGUACGUCUUUUAUUUUUGGGUGGAAAACUAACAAGGUUAUUUGCUCAGAGCCUCUCUGUAAUGCAUAUAAAAAGCAUGACAUAGGAUUAGUUCAGGGGGAUGUCUGUAGUAAGUGCAAACCAAGAGACAUCAAAGAAUUGGAGAGAGAAUGUAAGAAGUAUCCUGUAGUAGUCAUUAAGGACGUGAGGGUCCUAGACAUCGGUGUUCUGGUGCCGUUGAUGCGAGACCCGACGCUUAAUCUACAAAUUAUACAAUUAUUCCGAGAUCCGCGGGCAGUUCACAACUCACGGUUGAAAUCAAAGCUCGCACUGGUCAAAGAAAGCAUACAGGUCCUCAGAAGCAAGAAACAGACUGAUAAAUAUAAACGCCUUCUCGUCCCCAACAACAGGGUGAAUCGCGCUGAGAAUUAUGUAGCCAGUGCAAUGGAGCUGAUAUGCGACAACUGGUUGAACGACAUGUUGCUCGUUAUGAACGCUCCCCCGUGGGUAAAACGAAACUACAUACAGAUACGAUAUGAAGAUUUGGUCUUGCAUCCCGUGGAGGAAUUACAGAGGCUGUAUCGUUUUUCAAACCUCACGAUAUCUCCUGCUUUGGAGAAGUUUGUACUGAACAUGACGCACGGACAAGGCUAUUCUUCAGACAAACCUUUUCUCAUAUCUUCGAGAGACGCAAAAGAAGCCAUAUUUGCCUGGAGAGAACGCCUGAAUGUUGAGCAAAUUAAUCAAGUUGAAGCCUACUGUAGUGAAGUGAUGCGUCAAUUGGGCUACCAGAAAAGAAACCUGGAUCAGACAUACAGGGCUUGAGGAGGAGGACAGAGAGAACAGAGCUGAGGUGGGAGGUGGACAGAAGCUGCAGUGGUAGAUGUGAAGACAGACACUGAGCUGCUGGGAACUCAUGUGCAAUUCCUUUCUAGGAUAGGCCUCCAUAGCUGUGGGGGUGGAGCCAGAGAGUAAGCAGCCUACCAUAGCUGUGGGGGUGGAGCCAGAGAGUAAGCAGCCUACCAUUGCUGUGGGAGGCGGAGUCAGCGAGAUAGAACUGUUGUGUGGGCCAAGAAACCCCCAGGUCUCAGAUGAUGCUGACCAAAAUCCCCUACAAGAAAACACACUAACAGUGACCUUGAGAUAGAACAUAAGAUACAAUAAGGUUACAUAAAUGGAAGGAGAGAGAGAACAGUGUGUCUGUGAGGGCAGAGAGGAAUGUGUCCUGAAGGGUGUGUGUAUGUGUGCACGCACUCAUCCCGGGAUGUUACACUGUUUACCUGUCCUCCUUUAUGACGCACUACUGUGGGUGUCCCAAGAAUUAGAGUAACCUAUACAUUCCUAUAAACUGUUUCUUAAAAAAAGGCAAAAUGCAGAUAAGCAUUCACAAACACUUCAGUUCCAGUGUGCAAGGACACACUAAAUUCACUUAUAGGGGGACAGAUGCAUAAAUAUAACUAAGGAGAUAGUGCUCCCUUCUGACUCCAAACAACUGGAGUCUUCCCCUCUCUGUUGUGAAACUGUUUUGUAGCCAAAUAAAAUGCCUUAGUAAUCACUGAUUCACACCGUCCAUUCCAAGCUGGAGUGGAGUCCAGCCUAGAGUGUAUACGACACGCACAGUGUAUGUUGGUUUAGACGCUUGAAUGUUUAAACAGACAGUAGUUAGAUCAUGGCAGAAACGUGAUUACAUUAUGCUCUAAAUGGCAAUGCUAACCUCUGUUGGCAGGGUGGCCUUUUGAUCAACAGUGACAGUAUUAUCAUUUCUUUCUAGUUACUUUCACAACAAGCCAUGGUUGCCAUCUUAGUGACCAACAACUAUUUUGUUGACAAAUUAUUGCAUCCUCUGUGAAUAAUAUUUAUGAAUACACUUUGUAAAUAAAGACAUUUGUAGUAAA